AUGAAUUUUCUGAAGCUACAAAGGAAAUACCCGGAGUUUCCGCAAAGCGAAUUGUUCGGUCUGCAGGAUGCUUUUCGCAAGCUAGAUAUCGACGACAAAGGUUACCUGGAUGAGUCGACGGCGAUCAAGGCAACCCAGCAGUCGGAACACCAGCCUUACGAUGUCGUGAGACAAGCUCUUAAGGAAGUAGAGCUCGACAGCUCGCGCCGCGUGGAGUUUGAAGACUAUGUUGAUCUCAUCCACAAGGUCCGAAGCGCUGGUGCUGCACCAAGCAAAGUUCCCAAUCCGGUUCAAGCAGCCAGUCCCGCUGCUGGCCCUGUCGGCGGCUCUUCUCGUCAUGUGUCCAAAGGAAGCAUCGGCGGCAAGAUCCACGUUCAAGGCUCAUCUGCGAACGUGACGCAUACAAUCAAUGAGGAUGAAAGAACCGAGUUCACGAGACAUAUCAAUGCGGUUCUCGCCGGAGAUCCAGACAUUGGCCAUCUUCUUCCUUUCCCCACUGACACCUUUGAAAUGUUUGAUAAAUGCAAGGACGGCUUGGUCUUAGCAAAGCUUAUCAAUGACAGUGUGCCCGAUACUAUUGAUGAGCGUGUCUUGAACAAAGCGGGUACCAAGAUUAAACAAUUGAACGCCUUUCACAUGACAGAGAAUAACAACAUCGUUAUCAACUCUGCGAAAGGCAUAGGUUGCUCAGUUGUCAAUAUUGGAAGCGGUGAUAUCAUUGAGGUUCGAGAGCAUCUAAUUCUAGGAUUGAUCUGGCAGAUUAUUCGUCGUGGUCUGUUGGGAAAAAUUGAUAUUAAGCUACACCCUGAACUGUACCGACUUCUUGAAGAGGAUGAGACGUUGGAGCAGUUCUUGCGUCUACCACCUGAGCAGAUCCUUCUUCGGUGGUUCAACUAUCACUUGAAGAAUGCCAAGUGGGAACGAAGAGUUACCAACUUUUCCACUGAUGUCAAAGAUGGAGAGAACUACACUGUGCUACUUAACCAGCUUGCUCCAGACGUAUGCUCGCGAUCACCUUUACAGACAAGAGACCUUUUGCAACGCGCGGAACAGGUCUUGACCAACGCAGAGAAAUUGGAUUGCCGUAAAUUCUUGACUCCAACAUCUCUUGUCGCUGGAAAUCCCAAACUCAAUCUAGCCUUUGUUGCUAACCUUUUCAACACUCAUCCUGGUUUGGAUCCCAUUACAGAAGAAGAAAAGCUCGAAGUCGAGGACUUCGACGCGGAAGGCGAACGAGAGGCUCGUGUAUUCACCUUGUGGUUGAACUCCUUGGAUGUGCAGCCUGCUGUCAACUCACUCUUCGACGACCUUCGGGAUGGCACGAUUCUCCUUCAGGCCUACGACAAGGUUAUUCCUGGUAGUGUCAAUUGGAGACAUGUCAACAAGCCUCCAGCUUCUGGUGGCGAAAUCCUUCGUUUCAAGGCGGUGGAAAAUACAAACUAUGCAAUUGAACUCGGAAAGCAGAACCGCUUCUCCCUGGUCGGUAUCCAGGGUGCUGAUAUCACUGACGGACAGCGAACCUUAACACUGGGCUUGGUGUGGCAGCUGAUGCGCAAGGAUAUCACAAACACUUUAUCCUCCCUAGCACAACGGUUGGGCAAGCGCGAAAUCACGGACGCCGAGAUGAUCCGGUGGGCUAAUGACAUGUCGCAAAAGGGAGGUGGCAAAUCGACAAUCCGGAGCUUCAAGGAUGCGUCUAUUGGGACUGGUAUAUUCCUUUUGGACGUAUUGAGCGGCAUGAAGAGCAGCUAUGUCGAUUAUGACCUGGUUACCCCUGGACGCACUCCUGAGGAUGCAUAUGCCAAUGCUAAACUCAGUAUCAGUAUUGCCAGAAAGAUGGGUGCAACCAUAUGGCUGGUGCCUGAGGAUAUUUGCCAAGUCAGAUCUCGGUUGGUGACAACCUUCAUUGGUUCACUGAUGGCCACUUUCGAGAAGAUGUGA